CUGUUCGAGUGUCGGAGUUCAUUGUCAGUCUUUAUUCGAUCGUGUUCAGUUAACUAUCAAGGAAAUCGCGCACCAGCAAUGGCCCGUACCAAGCAGACCGCUCGUAAGUCCACCGGAGGAAAGGCUCCCCGUAAACAGCUGGCCACCAAAGCCGCUCGUAAGAGCGCUCCAGCCACCGGAGGAGUAAAGAAGCCCCAUCGCUACCGGCCGGGAACUGUCGCCCUGCGUGAGAUCCGUCGUUACCAGAAGUCGACCGAACUCUUGAUCCGCAAGCUACCAUUCCAACGCCUGGUCCGAGAGAUCGCCCAGGAUUUCAAGACCGAUCUACGCUUCCAGAGCUCGGCCGUCAUGGCUCUGCAGGAAGCCAGUGAAGCAUAUCUAGUUGGCCUGUUCGAAGAUACUAAUCUGUGUGCCAUCCAUGCUAAGCGCGUAACGAUCAUGCCAAAAGACAUUCAACUGGCCCGUCGCAUUCGCGGAGAACGUGCUUAAAUUUUGAGAUUAAGGUACAGAUCUGACAUUUGAAAAAAACGGCCCUUUUCAGG